CUAUGUUCAUUUUCUUUUUUUCCCUCCCCGCAUAUUAUUGCGAGAACAACGCUUUAGAGACUGAAGAAUAAAUUCGCAUUUUGAAGCCGAAAUCUGUCUCUGACUCCCCAAAGUAACAGCCAUGGCUCGUACCAAGCAGACCGCCCGUAAGUCCACUGGAGGCAAAGCUCCACGUAAGCAGCUGGCCACAAAGGCAGCUCGUAAGAGUGCCCCUUCCACUGGUGGGGUCAAGAAGCCCCAUCGUUACAGGCCUGGCACUGUGGCUCUGCGUGAGAUCCGUCGUUAUCAGAAGUCCACUGAGCUGCUCAUCCGUAAGUUGCCCUUCCAGCGUCUGGUGAGAGAGAUCGCCCAGGACUUCAAGACCGACCUGCGUUUCCAGAGCGCGGCCAUCGGAGCCCUGCAGGAGGCCAGCGAGGCUUACCUUGUGGGUCUGUUUGAGGACACCAACCUGUGCGCCAUCCACGCCAAGCGUGUCACCAUCAUGCCCAAAGACAUCCAGCUGGCACGUCGCAUCCGUGGAGAGCGUGCCUAAAACGUUUCCUGACCUAUGAUAUUCUGUCCUCUCAUUUUCCUUCUUCUAUACCUAGUAGUUUGGUUUGAGGUUCUAUAUAUAAAUAUCUAUAUCAUAAGAUUGUGAUAACCGUAAUUGUGUGAUUAUGUCUUCUGUGGUGCUACUAGUAGCAGAUUUUCCAUAGCAGUAUCAUCAACUAUGUUUCAAACUUUUAAUCUUAGUUCCAAUUAGUAAAAACACAGGAAUACCUUGUUACCUCGACAAAUGAGGUGUUUUUGGGGGAAAUAAAUAGUGUUUUAUCUGAAAGGGGCAUAGGAAUUAGCAUUAAGGUGGACAUUUUCAUUCAUGAGCGGUUGACUACAGUUAUCUUAUUUUUUUCCCCUGUUUAAAUAGAAAUUAGUUGUACUAGUAUUGAUUCUUUUUUUUUAAACAAUAAUGGUGUAUUUCUACUGUUGCUGUUCAGUGUAUCAAAGUAGAAAAAAAUUGAUUCUGGUCGUCAAUUAGAAACGUCAUUAUGUUGUGAUGACACUGCAUGGUUCGGCAGACUACAAGCGGCAUAGAUGUAGCAGACCUGUGUUGAUCAUGUUUUAAUUUGCAGACAAGUUGAUUAUGUCUGGGUAUUGUUUUUGUUCCUCUCUCAGGUUGAUACAAUAACCUAAUUUUUUGUGUUUAUGAUUUAUGCAUUCGGUCAUUUUUAUGAGCAAAAUAUUUGUACUCUGGACUUCACAUUCAAGCAUAAUAAAGAGUUUCUUGUGGUUGAUAGAA